UCAUUUUGAAGAGAGUGAAUCUACAGUCUGGAUUGACAGGUGAUCUGCAGGACGGCAUGUGGGUAGUCUUGGGCCACUCGGCGGUGACUUAACACUGUCAGCUUGUGGUGGAGGUGGGAGUUGAACCCGUGACCUCCAGGAUACCAGGCGGGAGUUGAACCCUUGCCCUCCAGGACACCGUGCCUGCACUCUGACCACUCAGCCACCACCGAAUAGCUGACUGAUAGAUGUCGGACGGGGAACCACCGGAGCCAGUGAGGGAGAAUGACCCGGAAGAAGAAACAGGGAAGAUGCAGAGGGAGGAAAGUGAAACCAGCGGCAACGGAGAAGCAGGGAAUGAAGCAGAUGAAGAUGAUGGGAAUGGGGAGGUGAAAAUGGAGGAAAAGGAAACUAAAGGCUGCGGGAAAACACAGAAGGAACCCGACGGAAACACCGGAGAGACAGAGAAUGAGAAAAGUGCCGACAACAACGACGACAACAAAAAACUCGCCAUCGUCCCCAAACCGCGCGAGAGAAAAAUCUUCCGGCCCAAACGCAGUGUGGUGAAGGGCGUCCCCAAGGAGCUGGAGGACGACCCCAGGCUGAGGGAGGCCAUGGGGGUGCUGCCGAACAACUACAACUUCGAGGUACCCAAAACGAUAUGGCGCUUACGUCAGUCUGGCUCGAAACACGUCGCGCUACAGUUCCCGGAAGGCUUGCUGAUCUUCGCUACGACGAUCGCCGACAUCCUGGAGGCCUUCACCGGGGCCGAGGUCACGAUCAUGGGUGACGUGACGUAUGGGGCGUGCUGUGUCGACGACUUCACCGCGAGAGCCGUCGGCGCGGACUUCAUGGUGCAUUACGGCCACUCCUGCCUCGUGCCGAUUGACCAAACCGGCUCCAUACCGUGCCUGUACGUAUUCGUGGACAUACAGUUUGAUACGGUCCACCUUGUCGAAGCCAUCAAGUCUGCGUUCAGCGUCUCGGAACCUCUCGCGCUCCUCUCCAUCAUCCAGUUCGUGGGGUCGCUGCAGAGAGUCGCCAAGGAGCUGCAGGGCCUAGGGUACAGUGUUGUGGUGCCGCAGUGCCGUCCGCUGUCGCCCGGGGAGGUCCUGGGGUGCACCUCUGCCCCUGUACCGACGGGCCACACCAUCGUCUGUCUCGGUGAUGGGCGGUUUCAUCUGGAGAGUGUGAUGAUCGCCAACCCCGAGCUGCCGGCGUACCUAUACAACCCGUACAGCAAGGUGUUGUCGCGUGAGUACUACGACCAGCCGCUGAUGAAGAAGAUUCGCGGGUCAGCCAUCGCCCAGGCCAGCAAGGCACAGCGCUGGGGCCUCAUUCUGGGCACCCUCGGACGCCAGGGAAACACUACUGUCAUGGGGAACCUACAGAGGCAACUCACAGCGGCCAAGAAGAGCUACAUCACUGUCCUCUUGUCCGAGAUCUUCCCGGCCAAACUCGCAGCCAUGAGCGACGUCGAGGCCUGGGUACAAGUCGCAUGUCCUCGCCUCUCCAUCGACUGGGGCGCGUCCUUCCCUCGGCCGCUCCUGAACCCUUACGAGGCUGCUGUCGCACUCAGCCACACACGCUGGGACACGCACGCCUACCCAAUGGAUUUCUACGCCCAUGAGAGCCUCGGAGACUGGACCCCAAACCACAAACCUCCGUGUCCGUGCGGCAAGACUCGCGCCACGGGAUGCAAGGGGGUAAGGUGCAGCCAGGGGAGGUAGUAGUGGGUGUGAUUAUGGUGGUGGUAGUAGUAGAGUUGUUUGGGAAGGUUAUUGUGGGCGUAGUAGUAGUAGUAUUAGGAGAGGAUAUAGAGGGUGAAUUAUCAUUAUUAUUAUUGUUGUAAUUAUUAGUGUCAGGUGUGUGUGUGUGUGUGUGUGUGUGUGUGUGUGUGUGUGUGUGUGUUUGUGUGUGUAACAAGCUGAGCCUCAUAUGUCCUUGGCUGGGAGUGGGACGGUGCAGCCUUUCCUUCCUGACCAGCACAGGUUGAUGGCUAGAGAGCCCUGUAAGCCCUCACGCCCUGGUGGUCUUGUUGGGCACAGAGGAGGAGAACGUAAUGUUGCAUUGAGAGCAUUCCCUGUCCAGGCAAAGGUGUGGGAAGGAGAGGGGACCAGGGUUUUUAAGUGGCAUUAACCCUUGGCCGGGCACUCCUAGAAACGGUGGGGCUAGCAAAAAAACUUUUAGGAUGUUAAGAUUGAGGAUUUUCUAAGACAUUUUUACUCCUGAACAUUUUUUGGCUUGACCGUUGAUUUACCGUUGAUGAGGUUUCAGGCUCCACUCCACUGUCAGGGCAGCGCUCCGCAGGGCCGUCAACAAUAAUGAUGUUAGUCUCAAUAAUGAUCCUCGAUAUGCACUUAUUCAAAACGUCAUAGUGAGUGAGUGAGUCUUAAUUGCUUUCAUGGAUAGCCUACUGAUGCCCUUUUGAUAAACAUGGCAUCAUUAUAGUCUCUUGGCCAGGUUUUGGAUCGUGCCAAUUACAACAAUAUCUUUCCUUUAUACAGUACCACAAAUAUCCAUUACUUCAUUUUCCACGAAUCUGAUAUUUUCUUUAUCUUAUCACAAUCUAAUGUCCAACGAUUAUUUCCAACUCACUGAACUUUAACACUCAAUUUAUCUUUGAGUCUCAAACACCAAUUAAUAGCCAUGAUCGGUUAUGUCACCAAUUCUCUCAGUUUCUGUCUGUAGCUCUACACAACACUGGUCAUUCACUGAGUGGUUGAUUUCAGGCUUCUUCUACCUCACACAAUUUAUACAUGUCUUCUCAGCCAUGGCGCACUCCUUUGUUUUAUGAUCCCUGGCACAUUUGAAACAUUUUUGGGCUUCUCCAUUGGUCUUGGCAGUACAUUUGGCCUCAAGAUGGCUGUAUCUUUGACAAUGGUAUCACAUGAUUGUAUGGUAUCUAUCUCUCACAGUAUACACUCCCCAUUCAGGAUUGGCCUUUAUUUUCCCACAGUUUUUGUGCUAACUUGCUGUACUUUUUCAAAUUUCUGAGCUGCUUCAUUCCUUAUAUUCUCAUCAUCAAAGCUCAUAACAAUGUUACCUCCAUUCAUGAAUCAGUAAUCUGAAUGUCCUGUAAUGCCUGGGAAACUUCAUUUCCAUCUCAGUAGCCUUUUUAUCUUGAUGAGAGGCCUUCACGACAAGGAGAUGCUUCUUCCUCCUCCGUUAUGCAGCUUUUGCUACAUCAGCCAGCUGGCGCCAGCCGACUCUGUCUUGUCAGCACAAGGCACAUACGCCACCUCGCCCAACUUCUCUUUCACACUGAGUGCCCGAGUUUCAUCUUCAUCUUUCACAACUAAUAUUUCUUUAGAUAAUUCUUGCUUGAAUUCAUCCAACUUUGCCACAAUGUUGGUUGCUAAAGAUGCCUUGUGUAAGCAUGCCGAACACACACUCUUUUGGGUAUAUUAUCCUGCUUGACCCCUGUCAGAUGAGCACACUUCACAUGACACCACUUAGGGCACAAACGGCAUGCAAUCCACUUAUCUCCUGAAUAGUCUUCACAGAUGCAACACACGUCUCUCAGUGUCCUGCUCCUGCUGCUCUCCAUUGUCGAGUCAACAGUUCAGGAGCGCACAAACAGAACGUCCAUCCACCCAAUUUGGUGGUACUCACCCAACAGCCCUAAACAUCGGCAUGCAGUACAACUAUCUAGCCGUGUCCUGUAAAGUUUUGGUAAACUUGCCUCCAUUGUGUUAGGUGUGGGCCGGGCGAGAUGAGGACCAAUUUUAUGGAAAUCCGCUCUCUUCCGACUCUUGGCCCACACUGGCGCACUCUCUCGCUCCCAGCACAGCUGCCAGGCGUCUGAAGAGCUGUGACUGGCUGGGGAGUGUGAUAAGGAUGCUUCUGUUGGCUGAGACAAGCAGACGCCAUGUACGUCGUCACCAGGUGGCAGAAAAUGCUUGUGAAAACACGUGUUUUUGGUAUCUCGACUGGGCUCUUGCAUGGCAAAGGGUUAACAUGGGCAGGACUAGUAAGGUUCUGGUGGUGAGAGAGCUGGGUGGACUCAAAGCAGUGGGUUUAUGUUGGAAAAGUUUAGACCCUACAGGGAUGUAGGCAGGAGCUGGUUCACCGAGAGUGGUGGACACACAAACCAAGGGACAGCUCUGCCCGGGGCCAACACUGAAGCUCCAGGUCCUGUAACGUGUCUCACUCAUUGAAUCUGCAUUAAAAGGCGUUGUCUUGGUA